AGAGCUACAGUUUCACUGAAUCCCAUCAACUAACACCUUCAUUUUUGUUGGACAUUGUGACGUGGGUUGCGAGCAGUUUCACAGUUUGGGUUAGUGAGUGCAAGCAGUCUCGCAUUUUGUUGUCUUAAUUGUGUUGGCCACGUAGUCUCUGAGAUUGUUCACAUGGAGAGUUGAAUCCUUGAGGGCUUGCUGUUUUAUUGUAGCCAAUUCUUGGUCUCAACAUUGUUAACGUCUUCACGUCAAUCGUCGCAAACCUGUAGCGUCCACUUUCGACCUUGGGGAUUGUUUGUCAGAGAAUUGCGGGGUGAAUGGAUUGUGCCUCGGUUCAGUCAUUUGUGAGUUGCUUCCCGUGAGGACGUCGGUUUAGUCAGAGGCAAAGCUCAGAAUUCCGCGAUCCUGCCAUUGACGGGGCAGCACAUGAAUCCCGGAUCUCUAGCCCGCACGAAGAGCUCCUCGGGAGCGGUUGCUGUGGACAUGGCCAUCCGGAACGUUGAUGUGUACUCGCCAAUUUUGAAAGGGUCGAAAUUGGAGCCUCGGUCUCAACACAGCGUGCACUGCAUCCCAGUGUUGAUCGUCGUCGUGCUAUUUCUUCUGUGGGUCGGAUCCAAAGACCUCGAUGCAACCCCAGAGAAGUUCGUCAUGAGAGGAGCUACGUCAACGAAUCUCACUGCCACUUCUGACAAGCUUGAGAAAUUCCACAGCAACGUCAAUUCCCUGCCAAAGACCAAGGGAGUGGUGAAUCACGUUUCUUCCUCUCUCUCAAAUCAUGGCACUCCUCUCUCAAGAUCAGGAGGAAGAAAGGCAAUCACCGACAAUCCUACAUGAGAGGCGAUCCAAGACAUGAAGGAUAGUUGAUAGACGCAACAAAAAUCAUUCACUUUUUGUCGUUAGGGAAGCAAUUAUUGCUUUUAUUUCAGCAACCAUAUCUAUCUAAUUAUCUAUAAAUGUUUUUGUUUGUUUAUUUAUAACAAGGGAAUUGUUUUACAACAAA